AUGGAACUCCACGGCAAGAAAUCCUUCUGGGCCAUCCCCGAACCCGACCCAGCCCGACGCGGCUUCCACUCUCCUCCCCAUUCCGACACCGUCACCCUCUCCCCUCGCCGCCCCUCCACCGCCUCCCCCUGGCAGCUUCUCUCCCCUCCCCGCCACAGCAUCGGUCACACGCCACAACGUCCGUCCCCUUCCAUCCACUACCAUUGCCUCACCUCUCUCCACCGCCAGGAAGGCAACGUCCACGCCAUUGCCCUCGCCGCAAGAGGUCGGCUCGUUCUCACGGGCUCCGAUUCUGACCGGGUUCGGGCCUGGGGCCUGCCCGACAUCGCGGACCGCGGCCUGUUGCGAACUCGCCGGCCACAUGUGCGCGCUAUAUUGGUCCAUGGAGACACGCUUUUCACGGCUCACGCUGACCGGCGGGUGCGAGUCUGGGCGGUGGCGAUGGCGUCGGCGUCUUCGGGAGUGCGGUGGCGAAAGGUGGCGACUUUUCCGGCUAGGAGGUUGCGAGUUUCGCUCUUCCGGCGAAGGCAGGACCGGGUGCAGCAGCAGCACCGGGAGGAGAUAUCCUGUUUGGCUCUAUACACUGCCGGAGAAAUUCUGUACACCGGGUCUUGGGACCGCACGGUGAAGGCGUGGCAAGUGGGGGAUGGCACGUGCGUUGACUCCUUCGUGGCGCACGAGGGGAGGGUGAAUGCGGUGGUGGUGGGGCAGGAUGACGGCGGGGUGUUCACGGCGGGUGCGGAUGGGUGCGUGAAAGUGUGGCGGAGAACGUACGGGGAGAACAGCCACGCGCUGACCAUGGUUCUGAGGUUUCAGGCCUCGCCGGUCAACGCCUUAGUGGUCGGCGGCACCGGCGGCGGAGGCGGUGGAGCAAGUUAUGUGUACUCGGGAUCGUCGGAUGGGUAUGUGAAUAUUUGGAAGAGGGAGGCGGUCACAGGGAGGUACCACCAUGGCGGCUACCUCCAAGGCCACAGGUAUGCGGUACUGUGUCUGGCGGCGGUGGAAAGGCUAAUCCUAAGCGGGUCGGAAGACACGACGAUAAGAGUGUGGAGAAGAGAAGAAGGGAGCGGCUUCCACGUGUGCUUGGCUGUGAUGGAAGGCCACCGGGGACCCGUUCGGUGCAUUGCAGUGGCGGUGGAGAUGGAGAUGGUAAGGGAAGGUGGGAUUGGCUUAUUGGUUUAUAGCGCCAGCUUGGAUAGAAUGCUGAAGGCCUGGAGGUUGAAGGUGGAGGAGGAGGAGGAGGAAGGGGAGGAGGAGAGGCGGUGGCCGCCGGUGAGGUUGGAAGGGGAGGAGUAUGGAAUGACUCCUGUGCUGUCGCCGCUGUGGGUGGAGAGCAGGCUGAGACAGUCCCUUGACUUGUAUUGA